AACUAACUAGGAAACUUGAAACUUGACUUGAGUCACAUUCUUGGCCCAUUUAAGUGUUUAUUAAUUCAUCUGAUCAGUGGUCCCUGGACUUUCACUCUGGGUCUUACUCUGUGCUGGUGCUGGAGAUGCACUGGCCAAUAAGCGUGGCUCUUACCCUCAUGAAGCUUAUAGUCUUGGGGGGUGAGGGUGGAGUACAAGCCUUUACUCAAACAAGCACUUAAGCAAAUAGGUAAUUAGAAAUUGUGACAAAUGCCCUAAAAGAAAGAGAAAUAAUAGUACUAUUAAAACAUGUGGCUAGGAUGUGCCCUGGAUAGGGUGUUUCAGGAGAGGUUUCCUUGAUGAAAUUACAUUUGAGAUCUGAAAGAUGAACAGGAGUUAACUAGGGACAGGGGGUGUGAAGAACAUUCAAUCAGGGGGGUCAGAUUAAUCUUGUUUUGUUAAACGAAGUUCAGGGAAGCUUUGCUCUAAAACACUGAUUACUUUCACAUGCAUGGAGGAGACAUCCAUAGUAGUAAGGACAGUCUCUGAUCCAGAAGACCCCAGUUUGAAUCCUGGCUCUGCCACUUGCUCUGUGUUGUUAGGCAGAGCAUUUCACCAGUUUGUGCCUCAGUUUCCUCAUGUGUAAAAUGUCAUAGAGGGUUGUGAGAAUUAAAUUGGUUAAUGUGCAGAGCACUCAGUGUGUGUCACAUAGUCUUCUCUAGUUUAAUGAGUGUCAGCUACUGACUCCUAUGUGGUGCUAGAACUAGAGGGGAAAAGUCUGAUCCUUUAAUGUGAAGAAGGAGGCCCAGGAGAUGGAGUGGUUUCCCAAAUAUCAAAGAAUUAGUUAAUGAAUGUCUGAUCUGGGAAGAGAACUUUUAAAAAACGUAAUGCUUUUACUGUUAAGUCAUUGCUUCUCUAUUCAUUCACACAGAGUUCUAAAGGUGUCUUUGAGUACUUAGGACUGAAAAUGGGUAUCUUCUAUUUAUCAGAUUGUUGGUACAUUUCUUAGAAUUUGUUUGAAAAAGGUUUGGGUGUGGCUUGGUGAGUCUUGAGUUUGGUGACUAGAUUCAGAAUCUUUUUGGGGUCGCUUGUUUCCUCUUAGAAUGGUGCAUUUGCAGGAUGUUGACGCUGAUUUCAAUUUGAUGGGUAUGUUGGCAGCUAUCAGCACAUAUCCAGUAUAUGCCAGACACUUCACCAGUGCUAUAGCACAGGCAUGGGACAAUCAUAAAUGAGAUGUGUUUUGGUCCUGCCCUUGAGGGUGUAGGUAAGUCUACACUAAUCAAUGAUUACUCCUUGGUGCAAAUAGUGCACUGCUUUGGGGAAUAUAGGACAACUAUUUGCUGGGGAAUGAAGGGAGCGCAACCAACUUCCUGGAGAAAACUUUCAUCCAGAAUACAACAGGGAUCUUAGUUGUCCCAGAUAUGAUGAAUUAAAGUUUUACUAUACAGGAAGCCCCUUUUCAUGCUCAGCGAUGUAUGUGUGGGAUAAGGUGGUUGUCUCUUACAUAGAGCUGGAAUAAAGCACGCUGUGGCUAUCUUGAGAGAUCUAUAUUUUCAUUAGAAAUACUUACAUUUGGGAAAACUUAAUGUGACUUUUGGUAGAUCUGAGUCAGUGUAAUUGUUAUCUUCAUUGUUGUAAUGGAUUCAAGAACCGAAACUUAAGAAGUUUCCAGUUCAUUCUGAUUCAUCAUUUGCCAUUCUUGUAAAGGUAGAUUCUCAGAGUCCAAAAUCUCCUCUAAAGCUAAUAACUCUAUUUCCUAUAUUACUUUUAGGCUAUAAAAAAUAGGAUCUUAUAUAGUAAUGCUUUCUAUUUUUUAAAGCACUGAAAUCUACAUUCUUACAUCUGAUUCUUGCGUCAUUAUCCCCAUGUUAUAGGUGAGGAAAUUGAGGUUCAUCAAGGUCAACUGACUUUCUGCAUAAGCAAGACCUAGAUUGAAAAAUUGACAACAGCAUGUUUUACCCACUGAAAGUUGUCCUGAUGCCAGUGUUACUGGGUUAUUCGUUGGGCCUGAAUGACUUGACUAUUUCUGCCAUGGAGUUAACAGUCCACGUGGGUGACUCGGCCCUUCUGGGAUGUGUUUCUCAGAGCACAGGAGAGAAACAUGUGACCAAGGUAGACUGGCUGUUUUCAUCAGGAGAGCACGUCAAGGAUGAGUACGUGCUCUACUAUUACUCCAACAUCAGCGUGCCUUUGGGGCGCUUCCAGAAUCGUGUGCACUUGGUGGGGGACAUCUUACACCAUGACGGUUCCCUCCUGCUCCAAAACGUGGAAGAGACCGACCAAGGAAACUUUACCUGUGAAAUCCGCUUCCAGAUGGAGAGCCUUGUGUUCAAAAAAGUGAUUGUUCUGCAUGUACUACCAGAGGAACCCAAAGAGCUCAUGGUUCAUGUGGGUGAUUCGACUCAGAUGGGAUGUGUUUUCCAUAGCACAGAAGAGAAGCACAUGAGCAGGGUAGACUGGAUGUUCUCAUCAGGAGAGCCUGCCAAGGAGGAGAUUGUGUUGCGCUAUCAACCCAAACUCAGGGCGCCCCAGAACUGGGGCCGCUUCCUGAACCGUGUAAACUUGGUGGGAGACACUUCCCGCAAUGAUGGCUCCAUGAUGCUCCACGGAGUGAAGGAGUCAGAUGGAGGAAACUACACCUGCAGUAUCUACCUGGGGAACCUGACAUUCAGGAAAACCACUGUGCUGCAAGUGAUCCUGAAAGAGUCCCGAACAUUGGUGACCCCGGGAGCCCUCAGACCAGAGAUCCUGGGUGGUAACCAGCUGGUGAUCAUCGUGGGGAUUGUCUGCGCCACCAUCCUGCUGCUUCCAGUUCUGAUACUGAUUGUGAAGAGGGCCUUUGGAAAUAAGAGUUCAGUCACUUCCACCACCCUGGUCAAAAGCCUGGAGAACACAGAGAAGCCUCGUGCAGAGAAACACAUUUACUCCUCGAUAACCACACAAGAGGUGAACGAUGAGGAAGAAUCAGGUGGAAAAUCGGAGGCCACCUACAUGACCAUGCACCCAGUCUGGCCUUCUCUGAGGUCAGCACCAACUAGCCCACCAGACAAAAGGUCAACUGGGGGAAUGGCAAAAACAGAGCAAGCCUUCUGAGAAGAAGGGGUGGUCCUUUCACCCUUGGCUGAGGCAGAGACUCUCUUUGCUGUGUGUCCUGAGUCCAUCCAUAUAGCAGUUGUUUCAGACCCACUGCCCUCCCAGUCCUCUUCCUGCCUCACUGCUUGGGCAGAGGGAUGAUGGAGUUGGAGGGCUCGAAGCCCAGCAGAGACUGGACAGGCCUGGAGGAAGACAGGCUGAUAAGGGGGAGCAGGAUGUGGUCCCCCUGGAGUGAGACCCUGGUCAGCUGCUGCAGUGGCCUCCAGCGUCCCUUCAGGUCAGACCCUCUGCUUGGACGGUGCUCUCUGUGGAAGGUUCCAGAGAGGAAUCACAGAGAUAAAAACUACCCCAAAUGAUUGUUCCUUUGGCCAAUGAUCCCUAAAUAAAUGCAGUCUGUGGCAAUCA